AUGACGUCCUGGAAGAAGGCCAUUUCAAACCACGUCUCCACCAUUGCCAAGAAAAUGACCUGUGUCUGUCCUCCCAUCACAGCCCAACUUUCUCAUUUUUGUCUUGCAGACGGUUUCUGUGCCCCCGAGUGGGACAACCUCAUUUGUUGGCCUGAAGGGGCCCCAGGAAAGGUGAUAUCCAUGCCCUGUCCAGAUUAUAUCUAUGACUUCAACCAUGAUGGCUACGCCCAUCGGCAGUGCGACUUGAACGGCAGCUGGGCAGUGGUGCCAAACCAAAACCGGACGUGGGCUAACUACACCGAGUGUGCCAAGUUUCUCACCAUUGACACCCGGGAAAAGGAAGUCUUCCAUCGGCUUUAUGUGAUUUACACCGUUGGUUAUUCCAUCUCGCUGGGAUCUUUGACGAUUGCGGUUCUCAUCUUAGGAUAUUUUAGACGUUUGCACUGUACCCGAAAUUAUAUCCACAUGCACUUGUUCAUCUCCUUCAUGCUGCGAGCUAUCAACAUCUUCGUGAAGGACGCGGUUCUCUAUUCUGGCUCGGCGCUGGAAGAGAUGGAGCGGAUCACAGAAGACGACUUCAAGUCCAUGACCGAGGCCCCUCCAGCAGAUAAGUCAGCCCUUGUGGGCUGCAAAGUAGCCGUGACUUUGUUCCUCUACUUCCUCGCCACGAGUUACUACUGGAUUCUGGUGGAAGGCCUCUACCUUCACAGCCUCAUCUUCAUGGCCUUCUUCUCGGAGAAGAAAUACCUUUGGGGAUUCACGUUGUUCGGCUGGGGCCUUCCCGCUGUGUUUGUCACCAUCUGGGCAACCCUACGGGCAGCAUUAGCAGACACCGAGUGCUGGGACUUAAGUGCUGGCUAUUUCAAGUGGUUUAUCCAGGUGCCCAUCCUCACAGCCGUGAUGGCGAAUUUUAUCCUGUUUAUCAAAAUCAUCAGAGUCCUGGCAACCAAACUUCGAGAAACCAACGCGGGGAGAUGCGACACAAGGCAACAGUACCGGAAGCUGUUGAAAUCCACCCUGGUCCUCAUGCCGUUAUUUGGAGUACAUUACAUCGUUUUUAUGGCCAUGCCUUACACGGAAGUUUCAGGAAUCCUCUGGCAGAUUCAGAUGCACUAUGAAAUGCUGUUCAACUCUUUCCAGGGAUUUUUCGUCGCUAUCAUCUACUGCUUUUGUAAUGGGGAGGUCCAAGCAGAGAUAAAGAAGUCGUGGAGCCGAUGGACAUUAGCGCUAGACUUCAGAAGGAAGGCCCGGAGUGGGAGCACUACUUACAGCUAUGGACCCAUGGUGUCCCACACCAGUGUCACUAAUGUCACCGCCAAAGGAGGGAUCCCCCUCCCUCUCAACGGCAAACUUAUUUCGGGAGCCCUCAACGGACACCGUAAUUUGCCCGGGUACAUCAAGAACGGCUCCAUUUCGGAGAACUCCAUGGCGUCUUCUGGAGCAGAGCACUACCACAAAGAGGAGGAACAUCUCCACAGCUCCGGGCUCUACAACGGAUACAAGCCGGCCACCCUGAUGGAAAAAGAAGAGGAGACCACGAUGUGACCCGGACGAAAGGGAUGGUUAGACAGCCACAUGGAGGGGUCCCGGAAGGCCCCGAGGGUUGCAAGAAAUCCCCGGUCCAUCGCUCCACAUCACGGCUUCGGGGAGGGGGGUUGACUUUCCACCCCAUUCUUUGCAACGAGAAACCAUGUUUUAUGGGCACCCGGAAGCGAGUGAAGGCCAGAGUUCUGGUGACCCGGCAGAGCUGCCUGGCCACGAAGGAGAUUUUUGAUCAAUGGUGCUUUAGGGUUCAUCUGCAGCACAGCAGACCCGGAAGGAAAUAAAGCCUCUACAUUGUCCUGCCCCAGAAGCCAAGGGCUGCACCCUGUUGUCCUUGGGGGAGCAGGGGGGAAAGCGCAAGCGGUCCCAGGGCAUUCAGAGGGUCUGAGUUACUCCCUUGGGGGGAGAAAAGGUUCUUCCCCACAGAUUGCUCAGAGCCAGACCUUCCUGCUGCUGCUAAAUUGUCUUGCUUUUCCUCCUUGGAUUAAGAUUUGGUUUAAAAAAACCAGCCAACCAGAAUGCCUGUUUCCAUCAGAACGGGAAGUUUUUCCCUCCGGAGCAGUACCUAAAUCCAUGUUUUAAAUGACCAAGUGAAAACAGACAUAAGAAAGAGUCCUUUCUCUGAGCAGAGAGAGAGGAACGUACCUACGCCGUAGAAAGAAAACCAAGUUUAUCCGCCUGCCCGUCCUUGGUCACGUUACCGCUCUCCUUCUGUCUCUCCGUGCUAUAAAAUCAUAUUGUCCCGGGGUCUCCUUCCUGCCCAUCUACCCCCCGCCCCCCAAGCCAAGGGACCAGCAGAGGGUCCAGCAUGCUUUGUGGAAGGAAAAUUAUUAUUAGAUCAAUACAGAGUCUGAUCUGCGCCAAAGAACGGGUCCGUGAAAAGCGAGACUGGAGGAGAACAAUGUCUCUCUGGAGACAGAUCAUUGAUCAGUGAUGACAUGGAAAAGAAGACCUGGAAUUGGGUAAAGAGCGAGCUGGGGGAGGAGAAGAGGUGCUGGGUGGAGGCAAUGGAGCUGGGGGGGGGUUCCUUUGUCCCGGCUCGCUCUCCUUCUGCAUUGGGACCACGUGCUCUGGAAAACCCACCCGGGACUCCAGGGACCGAGGGCAACCAGCUGAGGGUCAGGUGAGCAGCUUAGGAGGGCAUGAAGGAGUGAGCAUGGUUUGCACACGGUUUGCACUAUCUCCAAUGGGUGGGCAAGGCCCAGUGGAAAGAGGAAAAGAGAAGGGACCAGAGAGAUUUGGGUAAAGAUGUCCAAUGGUUGACCAAUGACCUGUCGGGGUUUUCCUUCUCCCCUCCCAAAGAUCCUGUUUUUCUACCUCUCCUGCUCGGUGCCAUUUGCGGCCAAACGCCGGGUCCUUUUGAAUGGGGUGACCUUGGGUCUGUCCUGGAGGGGCAGAGCCUGGGACCCCAGGGGGCCAGGCAGCAAAAACGUGGAUUUGCACAUGAGCAGGCAAGGCCAAAGAAGAGUAGAUGAUGUCUUCUUCAGCCUCUGUCAUAGGCCAGUGAUGGGCCGGAUCGAAUAGCCCCCCACGGGUGCACGAGAAUCGGAAGACUGCUCUGUUUUCCAAAACUCUUUAAAGAUCCGGCCACGAGGGAGCCAAAAUAAGAGGACAACCUUGUUUUCAAGGUUGGGCAUGAAAGCCCUUCUGCAUUACGAUGGCAGCUUUAAAGCUGGUCCUCGUGGGCCCGUGUCUCGUGCAAAUGGAUCACGCCUUAUUCCCACGAGGAACUGCCUUUCAGUAAAGAGACUGAGAAUCAGCUGAAAGAGAUUCCCAAGUUCCUUUUCAAAAAUUCCCAUGACUUGGGAAGGAGGAAGACCACGCCGUUUUCAGAGCGUGGUAAAGAGAUCCGUCAGUCCGUCCCAACCUUGGGACAAGGUAGCCUCUUAGCUGAGCCGGGACUGAUACGUACCUUCGUUUUCUAUCCCCAUCCCUAAAUGAUAUUAAGGCCAUUGCACAAAAGUGCUAGGAAGUUCCUCCUCUGCAAAUACAAGCACUGAGUAAUUCGAUUAGCACCGGUCUGGCUUUGCAACCCCUCUCGAAAUGCCCCUCGUUAAAAACUACCACUCCCAGAAUUCCUUGCAGAAAGCCAUGACAGGUAAUUGCUGCUUUUAAAAAGGGCUUGCUAGGGUGGAGUGAAUAUGCCCCCAUCCAGAGUCCUCUGCAGGAGGUGUCAAAAAGUUCAGGAUCUGAUCGCACGAUCGCAGAUGCCAUCUUGACGUUUUUGACCCUCUGGGCGACUCUGAUCAAAUCAACCGCUUGACGUAGCCAAGAGUGAACAUUUGGAGAAAGAAUUCGCUCUGGAAAUUAGGAAUGUUGCAGAAAAGCUGGAUUCCGCCCUACGAAUUUGCACAAUUCAUGUUAUGUUGUCUAAUUUAUUCCACCGUAAACCUAUUUUGUGUAAUUUAUACUGCUUCUGUUAAUUUUAUGAAAAGGAUGUGAAGCUGGGAAGGGAACCAGCCUGUGCUCUCUCCCAUCCUUGGCCCACCCCGAGCAACCAACCGCGCAUCUCUCAAAUUCUUACUCAGCCAUCUGCCUUUCUGAAAUCUCCCCCAAUCCUGCCCCAAUAUUGUCACAGCCAUAAGGACUAGGAACUUGCCCAUUAAAAACCAAAUAAAAGCUGAACUCUGUAGCUCA